AUGGAUUUCCUUAAUAAAGAUGGAAAUUUGGUUGAAGGGUUAUUGGACUUACUAUUUGAUGAAAAUAUGAUGGAAAACUUAGAUGAUUUUCCUACUGUGGAGAAAGAUUUUAAUGUUUUAACUCAAGCUCCCUCGACAACACCAAGCAACAGGUUUAAAGCUGUAUCAGCUGAGGAUGUAGAGAAUUUCCUAGAAACAAACCAAAACAAAAACACAAAAAGGAAAACAACAGGUGACAUAAACCUGUUCCAGUCAUUUUUACAGUCAAAAGGUAAACAUAGAAACCUGGAAUUUAUUCCACCAGAUCUAUUGAACCAAUAUCUAAGUGAAUUUCUACUGUCCGUGACAAAGAAAGAUGGCUCUGAAUAUGAGCCAACUACACUGAGGGGUCUAAUGGGUUCAGUUGAUAGGCAUUUAAGGUCUAAAAACUACCAGUAUUCUGUUAUGUCAAGUAUUGAAUUUGCCAGGUCCAGGCAAGUGUUAAAAACUAAACAAAAACACCUUAAAAGCCUAGGGAAAGGCAAUAAGUCAAAAGCUGCCGACCCUUUAGAUGAGGAACUCAUAGAAAAAUUCCACGAAUGUGGUAUACUAGGUAAUACAAAUCCAGAAUCCCUCAUUUAUUCCAUGUGGAUGAUUUGUACUCUGCAUUUUGGCAUGAGAACAGGGCAAGAGGCAUAUAAUCUCAGAUGGGGCGAUAUCCAAUUGAAAGAGGAUUCACUGGGGGAGUAUCUUAUUUACGACACAGAGCGGCAAACAAAGACGAGAAAUGGAACCAAUGUGAUACGAGGUAAUUAA